AUGUCCCUGUCUGAGGAGCCAUUGCCUGCGUUACCCAAAAGUAGCACUUUCAGCAAUCUGCCCAUGACACGAAACCGCAACAACUCCAAGCCACCUUUGUCUAUGAAGCCGCCAUCACGUAUUCCAACGCCUUCGAUGGGCUCUAACACAAAAGCUAGACUGGCCAGUGCAACCAAGAGCAUUCUCAAGGUCGGUAAUCGACGUGGACUUGUCCGAUCAGACACCGAGCCAUUGCUGAAACCUCAUCACUCGCACGACGCUUCCACUUCGGCUCGUAUCCUCAAGGAGAAUACCUCAACCAGUAUGACCAGAGCAGAUAUGAAGUCAAUAAGACUGCCGGAAGUCCCCUUGUAUCCACUUGACAUGAACGUCAAUUUACUCAAUUCAUCUCAGCGACCACGGACCCCGGCUGGUCAACUACCCAAGUCUUUGCCGAGAAGAGACUCAUUGCAGCCACCUACACCUCGGACUCCACUAGCUAAGGUACCCUCGGACAAACUUGCACAGACUCCAAUCACAGUGACAGCCAAGCCAAGAAGACGGACGAUGCUUCCUCCCGAAGUCGUUCCUCUACACUCCCUCUGCGACAAUAAAAAGCAGCGCCCUUCAAUUAGUUCUGACUUUCAGUCUCGUCAACUCCUCACGCCCCGUGUCGCACCCACACUUUCCCCGCCUUCUUGCCCACGUCCUUCGGCUUCCUACCUUCGACCUGACGAUUGUACCAGUGACGGCAACACCGCCAGUGACCUUGUCACUUCAGCCCAGUCCACUGCUUACUGGAGCGGCCGCUUAAUGUCACAAUUCGACAGGCGACGCAAUGACGAGCUCCAGGCACUCGUUGGACGUACCGAGCUAGGACUGUCGUAUCCAGAGAACGACCUGAACGCCUGUCUGAGAGAGCUGCAGAGGAAGUGUGUGACGGAAGCUGCGAGGCUUAGCUUUGCAAUGUUCAAGGCCAGAGUGCACGUCAAGGCAGGAACCACUACGGGCAUGGCGGAGGGCGGGGCUGAGAGGAGAGGUAAAGACAUGGUUGAAGCGUAG